GUUCCUGAAAACAUUCCAAUCAAUACUACUACAUUGGAUUUAUCAUUUAACCAACUAACCACCAUCAGAAACAAAGAUUUCCAACAUUUAGACAAUCUGGUUUGCUUAAUUCUCAGCUUUAAUCCUAUUUCUCAUAUAGAAGAAGAAGCUUUUGUAGGAUUGGAAAAGUUACAGAUGUUGGAAUUAAACAACCAUUCUUUGAAUAAUCAAGUGUUUGAUCCAGAUGUACGUUUAUUUCAACCCUUAAAGAAACUUGAACAAUUAGAUUUAUCCAGAAAUAAUUUGAUCAAGCUUCCAAAAGAUAUAUUUAAAUCUCUGAAUCAACUGAAAAUUAUAAAUCUGGCAUUUAAUAAACUU